AUGACCUCCAAAGAAAGCAUCUCGCCAAAACCCAAGGACAUCGAUACGCACUCAACAAUUUCUAUGCAGGAGUUGGACCCCUCGCCAGUGCAGGAUGAAUUUCCCGACCUCGAAAGUGGCCAAUACGUCUUUCAAUCACAAGGUCGUCCAGCAAAGCUUGGGGAUAGAUCAGAAGUCGGGCUGCCUCCGUUCAGCCUAGUUAACGGUCGGGUUGCUCUAGUAUCCGCACUUCAGAGAUACUCAACGUACCCCCCCACUUUAUUCUUUGCGCUACAUUUCGCCAACACCUCCCUUUUCCCUCUAGCAACUCGGUCGGUUCGAGAUAGUGAAACCUAUCUGCUUCUUACGAGACCCAUCUACCAGUCUCCGGGGCUUGAGCAUGUGGUCUUGACCGUUCCCAUCCUAAUACAUAUCGCUUCCGGCAUUGUUCUCCGCAAUAUUCGUUCUUCUCGCCGUGCACGACUGUAUGGGGCGGAGACUAGGGCCCAGAGAUACUCCCUGAAUUUCUGGCCGCGGAUGAGCCUGCAAGCGCGUCUAGGGUACUGCUUUGUUCCGUUCCUUGGCGCUCAUGUCCUCGUUAACCGUGUCACGCCUUUAAUCGUCGAUGGUGGGAGUUCGGGAGUGGGUUUGGGUUAUGUGGCUCAUGGAUUCGCAAGAAACCCUGUCUUUUGGAAUGUGUACUAUGCGGUCCUUGCCGCUGUUGGUAUGUGGCAUAUCAUUGGAGGAUGGGCUACUUGGAUGGGUUGGAGGGUCACCACGGCUCAGAAGGGGCGAGGUUGUAAGAAAGGCUCACUUGAAUGCUACUUGGGGUACACGGAAAGCGAAGAGCAGGUCAAAAGAAAGAGGAAAAUGCGGUGGGUGGUCAAUGGCGUUGCCGCGGUAAAAACAGCUGUCUGGCUCGCGGGCGCUCUGGGAAUACUUGCCCCAGGCUCCCCAUUUUCUAUACGAUAUUGCUCUUCACGGUUAUCAAACAUGGAGGCAGAACCAGCGUCUGGUAUCUUAAGUCAAGUCGUUCAGUAUGACGGCAAAGAAUAUCACGUAGUGAAAGAAGGGAAUGCGUUCAUUCUGAACCCACCUUCCCAGGCUGCAGCCUCCACAGGAACAAGAAGAAACCUCAAGGCCGAGGAUGAAGCUCAGUCUGUGUUCUACAAUCCUAUCCAGCAAUUCAAUCGUGACCUGAGUGUACUUGCGAUAAAAGCCUAUGGGGAACAUGUGCUGGCUUCAAAGAAGUGGAGAGCCGAAAGGAGGCAGAAAAGGGGUGCAGCGGAUGGGAAUUUAAAAGGCAAGAAACGGAAGAGGGAGGAUGGCGAUGAAGAGGAACCAAACGGUAAGGGAAACAACAUUGACAACCAGACACGAAGCAGUGAUCAUCUGGCCUCAGAAUCGCACGCUGGAGAACAUACCACGCCAUCAUUUACAAUUUUAGAUGCUCUGUCUGCUACGGGUUUGCGUGCACUACGAUAUGCAUCAGAGAUUCCAUUUGCUACUCGCGUGGUUGCGAAUGAUCUUUCGCCGUCUGCUAUCAAAUCAAUGAAGUUGAACAUCGAAUACAACGGACUUGGAAAGCUUAUUCAACCUAACACCGGUGAUGCGCGGACUUACAUGUACAGUACUCUUAACCAAGCCACCACUCAGGCCAGUGGGUCGCACACUGGGAAGUUUGAUACUAUUGAUCUGGAUCCUUAUGGGACGGCUGCACCGUUUAUGGACUCUGCUCUACAGGCUGUCAAGGAUGGGGGUCUGCUUUGCGUGACCUGCACCGAUGCUGGGGUUUGGGCAUCCAACGGGUACCCGGAAAAAUCAUACGCAUUGUAUGGCGGCGUGCCAACGAAAGGUACACAUUCCCAUGAAGGUGGGCUACGCCUAAUUCUUCACGCACUCGCGGUGUCAGCUGCCAAGUACGGCCUGGCUAUCGAGCCACUUCUAUCUCUGUCAAUCGACUUUUACGCCCGAGUCUUUGUCCGCAUUCAUCGAUCACCAGCAGAAGUUAAGUUUGCCUCUGGCAAUACAAUGGUUGUUUACAACUGUGAUUCAGGCUGUGGAGCUUGGUCAACACAGCCUUUGACCCAAACGAAGCCACGACUGGAUAAAAAAGGGAACCCUUUCUAUCAUUACGGAUUCGCCCAGGGACCGAUGGCAAACAUGACCUGCGGCCCAAUGUGGGCGGGGCCACUCCAUAACCCUCACUUCAUCCGAAGGGUUCUCGAUAUGCUUCCUGAGGCGGAUAGAAGCAUAUAUCAAACGGUAGACAGGAUCGAAGGCAUGUUAACUACAGCACUUGAGGAGGACUUGAUUCCCAACACCUCUAUAAGGAGUGCCAGUUUAGAGCCUACUAUCUCCAAGACUAAGGAUGCUGCACUAAAUGAAGAUCCAGCUAUUAUUCCGCGGAUGGACCCGGCUCUUCGAGAGCCGUAUCCAUUCUAUUUCAGUCUGAGUGCUCUCUCAAAAGUCCUUCAUACAUCUACCAUCUCUUCCGAUGCUUUCCGUGGAGCUGUGCGACACCUGGGUUACCAAUGUACCCGUAGUCACACCAAACCCAAUACUAUCCGCACAGAUGCACCUUGGGAUGUGAUUUGGGAGAUCAUGAGAGAAUGGGUGAGGCAGAAAUCACCUAUCAAAGAAAAUGCCAUUAAGCCUGGCACUGCCGGCGCUGCUAUCAUGGCGAAAAGCCGGGAAGACCUUCAGAAGCCGAAGGAGGGCGACAAAAAUCUAAGUUUGCUGAGGAAAGAGAUCGUGUCUGCUGCCGAAAAUGGGAAGGAUAUCUCUGACUUAGUGACGAAAGUCGAAGCCGCGCUAUAUCGUUCUGGCUUCUGGCAAGCGUUGAACCAAAACGAGUCCGAUUCUCGAGCUGCCAAUAUGCAGGAGGCUCAGGGCACCAACCAAGCACAUGGAACAUUUACAAUAAAAUCUAAUACCAGCACGUUAGAUGUUGUUUUCGACGAAUCUCUAGGCAGAGAAGUGACCAAAAAACGACUCGUCAGAUAUCAAAUCAACCCUCGCGCUAACUGGGGUCCAUUAAAUCGAGCGUCUGGGCGCGGGCAGAGCUGA